UUUACAGAGGACUUGAUUUCAUGGCUUCUGCCACCCCAUUGCAUCCUUCUACCAAAGAGACCUCUAAUUAUGCCCAGCUCUGUCGCCUUCUUGUUGAAGUUGGAUCACUUGUGCUAAGGGAGAUCUUUGACCGGGUAUGUCCACCAGAAAACCUACAUGCAGUUCUGACUAAUCCCACACACCAUGCCAAAUUGCAAACACUGCGAAAGAAGAGAGUCCUGAGUACUUCCCAGUGGGAGAAACUGUAUCCUGCUUCCAAAUCUUCAGUUUCCUCAAAGGACUUUAACACCUCCCUACUGCUAAUUCUUCUGAAGAAUAUCUGGGGUCUUACUCUCCCUGCCUCUGACAGGAAUAACCUUCCUUCAGGAUCAGACACCUCUCCAGAAGCUCACAUCACUCGCAUCAAGUUUUUCAGGGACAGAGUUUUCAGUCAUGCUGCUAAUGCUUCAGUUGAUGAUCCAACUUUUAGUUUGUACUGGAACAACAUCAAAGACACCUUUGUGCGUAUUGGAGGGACCUGCUAUGAGGAAGUCAUAGAUGAUCCUACACUCCAUUGUAUGGAUGCUGAUCUUGAAGAACACUACCAAGAGCUUCUGAGAGAGUGGUUGAAAGAUGAUGACUGCAUCACAGACAAAUUGCAUGAAGACAAAAUUGUGAUAAAGGCCAGGGAGGGAGGGGACAUGGAGGAUUCCUUUGACAUUUCUGAACAAAAUUCAUGGGAGAGAGACACCGUAACAAUGCCUGGGGAAAAUACAUCAGCGCAGACUAGCAAUAGCAGCCUGCCAGAGCUCAGAGUGAAGCUUCCAGAGUUGAGUGAUCUUCCAAAAAUCUGUAAUCCCUGGGAAACUGUUGAACUUCCUGUUGAUAUUCUUUUAUUAACAGUGGAAGAAUGUGAGUUCUUAAGCUGCUUUGCCUACCUGAAGAAACCCUUUAAGAGUUACCACAGCAGUACUGGCCUUGUGUACUUUGGGUGCAUGGGUGAUGAUAAAGGAAAGGAAAUGAAAAUCGCUUUGACGAGGUGCUCCAAAGGUUCUGAUGUUCCUGGGGGUUCCUUGUCUGUUUCAAAAGAUGCCAUCUUGCUACUGAGACCCAAGGCUAUUUUUUCUGUUGGUGCCUGCAGUGGUUUGAACAGCAAAAAGGUCAAGUUAGGAGACGUGGUUGUUUCAGCAAAGCUGAUAACAGCUGCAUACAAAAUUCCCCCCAGCAGAGAUAUUGGAAACCUGAUCAAACAUGUGGCUGAUGGGUGGAAGGCACCUUUACAAAAUGCUGAUAAAUAUAACGCCAAAGUGCAUUGUGAUGGAGAGGUUCUGAGUAUCUCAGAGGCAAACAGAGAUAUGAUUAGGAAACAUCCUGAAGCAAUUGCAGUUGAAAUGGAAGGUGGAGGAGUGUAUGCAGCAGCCCAUGAUUUUAAGAUAGAAUGGUUGGUAGUCAAGGGCAUCAAAGACUUUGUAGAGGAAACACAGUCUUCUAGUGAGAAAUGGAAACAAAUUGCCUGUGUGAUGGCAGCUUCUGUUGUGGCCAACAUUUUGAAUGAUCCAGUCAUAUUUCAAGAAUGGCCUCAUUUUAAUGCAGAUGGAUUUGACCCAACUGAAAUUAUUGAUAAAAUUCGUCAACUCUACAAAAAUCGGGAAGGUUGGUUGGCACCGUUUCCCUGGUGUGAAGACUUUCACUUCUCCUUUGACAAGAUCUACACCAGACUGAAAGUCAUCUACAGAAAGAAAACGAGAGGAACCGUAACAGGACGAGUUGUCACGAUGUCUGAAAUCUUCAACCAGCACGAAGAAUGCGAAGAACCAAGAGUAGUGUUGAUUGAAGGGAAGCCUGGUAUGGGAAAGACAACUUACUGUAAAAAAGUUGUUUUCGACUGGGCUACAGGAAAACACGCAACUGGAAAUUGCUUCACAAACUUUGUAAUAGUGCUUUUGAUCAAAUGUCGUUAUGUUCGGUCUGGCCUUUGGGAAGCCAUUGAAGAUCAACUUCUGCCUCGAGAUGUUGGUGAAGACCAACGAGAGAGAUUCUUCGACUUCAUUCGCCACAAUCAAUCUAAUGUUCUUCUGAUACUCGAUGGAUUGGAUGAAGUUUCUGAGAAGAAGCUACCUAUGUUUUCAGAAGUUAUUCAAGGGCGAGUACUGCCAAAGUGUCGCGUGAUUGGAACGGCACGACACAAAGCUGGAGUCAAAGUUCGAAAAUACUGCGAAACGCUGCUAGAGGUUGAGGGAUUUACUGAAGAAGAUGUAGAAACCUACAUUCAAAAUUACUUUAGAGCCAACAUAAAAUUGGCCGAGCAGCUUAUCAAACACCUGUUUUAUGAUAGCAAGUUAUAUGAAAUAUUGAGGAAUCCUCUCAACACUGCGCUUCUUUGCCUGGUAUAUGAAGCUUUGAACGGUGUACUUCCUGAAAGCAGAACGAAGCUGUACAUUAAAAUAGUGGAGUGUGUAUUAAGAAGAUACAGAACAAAGCAGCAACUACCGGAAAACGGCAAAGACCUUGUUAACCUUUACGAAAACCAAUUGAAACACCUUGGUUCGAUAGCUUUGAAAGGUUUACUCGAGGACAACUUGGAUUUUGACGAGGAGGAGCUUGAAAAACACAAAGCAAACGAUUUACGUGCAUUUGGAUUUCUGUCAGUUCAGCCUGGAGGCAGUAAACUAACACCAACUAAACGAUAUGGCUUUCUUCACAAGACUUUCCAAGAAUUCUUCGCAGCAUUCUAUCUCAGUUGUCAGCUUAUCAAGAACGAAAUCAGUACGAAAAGCAUAGCUGCUAACAGAAAAUAUCGCUAUGAGCUGAAAGAAGUGCUUCUGUUUACAUUUGGAAUGUUAGCAGCACGAUGCAAAGAAACAGUGCCGAAUCUUCUGAAAAGUAUAACAACAGAUUUAAACCAGGAAGAAGAGGAAAGCGUGAUCUUCAUGUUAGAGGUUGUUCGUGAAUGCUUAAAUAAGAACAAAAAUGUUGAUGAAGAAUUGGCUUCCGCUUUUGGCGCUUCCCUUCGAACUGAAACUGUUGCUAUUUCAGCGGGAGAAGUGGAUGAAACUUUAGCUGUCUCUUUGAGUAACGUUCUUAAAACAAAUACAACUGUGACAACAUUGGAUUUGCGUGGUAAUGGAAUUGGUGGUGAUGGUGCUGCUGCUCUGGGUGAGUGUUUGAAAUCUAACACAUCGCUGACAACGUUAGGUUUGGUUGUUAAUCAAAUUGGUGGUGAUGGUGCUGCGGCUCUGGGUGAGUAUUUAAAAUGUAAUACAUCUCUGACAAAGUUGAAUUUGUUUGGUAAUGUCAUUGGUGAUGAUGGUGCUGCUGCUCUGGGUGAGUGUUUAAAAUGUAAUACAUCUCUGACAAAGUUGGAUUUGGGUAAUAACAUUAUUGGUGAUGGUGGUGCUGGUGCUCUGGGUGAGUGUUUAAAAUGUAAUACAUCGCUGACAAAGUUGGAUUUGAAAGUUAAUGAAAUUGGUGAUGAUGGUGCUGCUGCUCUGGGUGAGGGUUUGAAAUAUAGCACAUCUCUGACAAAGUUGGAUUUGGGUUAUAAUGAAAUUGGUGAUGAUGGUGCUGCUGCUCUGGGUGAUUGUUUGAAAUGUAACAAAUCGCUGACAAAGUUGGAUUUGAAAGGUAAUGAAAUUGGUGAUGAUGGUGCUGCUGCUCUGGGUGAGCGUUUGAAAUAUAAUACAUCGCUGAAAAAGUUGGAUUUGGAUAAGAAUGAAAUUGGUGAUGAUGGUGCUGCUGCUCUGGGCGAGUGUUUGAGAGAGAAUGCAUCUCUGACAACAUUGAAUUUGUGUCUUAAUAAAAUUAGUGAUACUGGUGCUGCUGCUCUGAUCCUGCACAGGUUGAAGUGUCAUCCAUCUCUGACAAUACAUUUGAACACUCCAGAACAUAGCUACCUUGCCAAAGGACCAACUUUAUGA